AUGUCUGCCACAGAUCCACGCGAGAACGAUGAUGACAAAGGAGGCCAGCCCCGUUUUCAAGGGGAGCGGGAAGCGGAGGCCGUGUAUGUCACGGGAGCGACGACGGAAAUCGAUGUGGCUCCGCAGGAGGUCCGAGUGGUGGAGGAGAACCUCGUUCCUGGUGAGCUGACGCAGCACAUUGUGGAGGUACCGACCAUCCAGGAGAUCAUCACGGAGCAGGAAGUUCCGGAGGUCCAGAUCGUCAAGAGAUUCAAACAAGUCGCCGAGGACGGGCAGCUCGUCGACUUGCCAGGCCCGGGAGCGCAGCAGCCAGCUCCUGCACCGCAGAUGACUUUGCCACCUAUCACCGUGCAAGCGGCGCCGGUGGCGGCGCCUGCACCAGCGCCCGCAGCGGCGGCGCCAGCAACAGCACCGGCACCUGCCUUGCUGGAUGCUCCCGCAGAACCAAUGCAGGCACCGGUGCUGACCCAGACGAUGCCCUCGGUGGCAGCGCCCAUCGUGGGGCAGGUGGUGCAAGCCCCUCCAAUCUUCGUGAUGGUGGCACCUCCAGUCUUCUUGGAUGCCGUGCCUUACAAGGAAGGUCCCAAGCCAGGCCAGCCGAUCGUGGAGAAGCCUGUCAUCAUCCCCAAGGAGAGGAUUGUCCACCAGCAGGUCGAAGAGGUGGUGGAAGUACCGGUUCCAGUUGUUCAAGAGGAAAUCGUACAUGUGCCAAAAGUUAUCACAGCCACCAGGCAAAAGCAGGUGGCGGUGGAACAGAUCGUGGACAUCCCGGUACAUCAAGAGCAGGUAGAGAUCGUGCAAGUGCCGAAGAUCGUCGAGCAGAGGCAGAGAACUGUCAUGAAUCACGUGGAAGAGGUGGUGGAAGUGCCAGUUCCAGUCACCCAGGAGGAGGUCGUCCACGUGCCAGUGGUGAAGACGGCGACACGCCAGCGCCAGGUGCAGGUGGAGGAGAUCGUGGAUGUCCCUAUAAUUCAGGAGCAAGUGGAGACGGUGCACGUUCCAAAGGUAGUUCAGCAGCGCCGGUUCUUCCAAACCCAUGUUGAGGAGGUGGUUGAGGUGCCAGUCCCCAUCAACCAGGAAGAGAUCGUGCACGUGCCAAAGGUAAUGGAGCAGGAACGAGUAACGAACUUCCACGUUGAGGAAUGGGUCGACAUCCCAAUCGAGUCUCGCGUGGAGAAGAUCGUCCACGUCCCCGUCAUCCACGAAGAGCAGAGAAUUGUUCAGAAUCCUAUCGAAGUGGUUGUGGAGGUCCCGCAGCCCCAAGUCGUGGUCAAGGUGGUGGAGGUUCCAAAGAUUACAGUUGAGGAGAAGAUCAUCAAGGUACCAAAAAUCACGCACACCGUGGUGGACACUGUCAUCCAGAACCAGCUUCAGGUAGUGGAGGUCGAGAAGCCAACGGUCGUGCACAAGACCGUCCAGCGAAAGAAGCCCGUGGUCCACGAGGAGAUCGUGGUCGUCCCCAAGGUCUCCAAGACGCCUCAGGCCGUGCCUCAGCCAAUGCCUCAAAUGGCACCUGCAGCGGAGCCCGAAGCCGUGGCCUUCCCUGCGGCCGUGGCGGAGCCUAUGCAGACCUUCAUGGCUCCCGAGGAGCCGCCAUCCGAGCCCAUGGAGCCCUACGAAAUGGAGGUGCCGCAGAUCGAGUGGAUUGACAAGGUGGUCGAGGUUCCUGUUCAGAAGAUCAUAGAGGUGCCUCAGCCCAUGGUGGUCCAGAAAGAGGUCGAGGUGCCGGUUGUGGAGUACGUGGAUCAGGAAGUCGAGCUGCCCCAGGUCGCUCACAGACAUGUGCCCAUGGUAAAUGUGGUGCAGAAGACGGUGGAGGUCCCACAGGUCGAGUACGUGGACAACGUGGUCGAGGUGCCGGUCCAGAAGCAGGUCAUGGUUCCACAGGUCACCACCAUCCAAAAGCACGUGGAGGUGCCACAGGUGGAGUACGUCGACCAGGAGGUCGAGGUGCCCGUGCAAAAGUACCGACAUGUGCCUCAGGUGCAGGUCAAGCAGCACACCGUCGAAGUCCCUCAGGUGGAGUGGAUCGACGAGGAAGUGCAGGUUCCAAUCCAGAAGCAGGUGCAUGUCCCGGUUGUGAACACCAGCCAGAGAGCUGUUGAAAUUCCACAGAUCGAGUAUGUGGAUCGACACGUCCACAUCCCUAUUCAGAAGGCCAGGCACGUCGGCGUGACCAGCCAGGUUGACAGGGCAGUGGAGGUUUCCGUGAUUGAGACGUUGGAAAAAGUGGUCGACGUCCCAGUCAUCAAGCAGGUGACUGUACCAACCACGCAGACCAUCGAAAAAAUAGUCGAGGUCCCUUUCAUUCAGACUGUGGAGAAAGUCGUGGAGAUUCCAAUGGGCGGCGACACAAAGACCGGCGUUACCAGAGUGACGCAGGUAAACCUCGAGCCAAUCCGGCAGAAGAUGGAUGAAAACGUCGUCCAGCAGGUUCUAGCCGGACCUCCCUUGCCAGCCGAAAUGCGGUCAGCACAGGACUGA